AUGGAUUCCAUCACUAGGAACCAGGAUUCUUUAGUUGAUCAUAUUGUUGCAAGGCUGUCUAGCCUAAAUCAAAUGAGUACUCCUGGGGCAGGGGCAUCUGAAGGGGUGAUUGUACCACCUACCCUACAGUUGAUUAUCUCACCUGAAAUCUUACCGGGACUUCAAGGAGACUCAUCCACUGCAAAAGCACAUGUAUCAUCCGUUGUAAAAGUACAAGCUUUAUCGGCUAAAAAAGCACAAACUUCCGUAACUAACCCUCAAAACAAUCUGAAUGAUUAUCACACUCCGGAUUUUGAUGAAGAAGAUAAAGCAAAGAAGAUUGAGGAGAAAAUAAAGUUGUUAGAAGACCAAAUGAAGACUAUUAAGGGGGAAGAUAAUUAUUACGGGGUUGAUGCUAUUGAACUAAGCUUAGCCUCAGAUCUAAUUAUUCCCUCUAAGUUCAAAGAGAGUUUGUCAGGUUCAGGCAUCCGGUGGUAUAAUCAGCUGAACCGUUCACACAUCAAAACAUGGAAAGAUCUCGCCAAGUAUUUCUUAGAACAAUACAAGCAUGUAAAUGACAUGAGGCCAGAUCGUGUCAUGUUACAUCUUGUUAUAAUUACAUCUGGGAAUUUCUAUGAUCUGAUUAUGACCGAAGAGAUGAUCGAGAUAACCAUUAAACAAGAAAAGAUAGAUGGAGGUGAAUCAAGCAAGAGACCUCCCAUGAAAAAGAAAGAAGUAGAGAUCAAUAACAUCAACACCAGUAAAGGUGUUACGACCUCUAAGUCCAAACCAACUACAGUUGUACCAUUAGGUACUUCUAGACAAGAUGCAAAGGAACCAAUGAGGAAAAAUAAGUAUUUCGAGCCAAUUCCCAUGGCAUAUAAGGAACUAUACCAGCAUCUUUUUGAAACACAUGUGGUGUCAUCAUACCUAGUAGAACCACUAAAGCCCUCAUACCCUAAAUGUUAUGACGAAAACACAUAUUGUGAGUAUCAUGGUGGUGUCCCGAGGCAUGCCAUUGAAAACUGCCUCGCCUUUAAGAGGAUUGUUCAAAGGAUGUCCAAUAGAAACUGGAUUCAUUUUAAUAAUUUAGAAUCACCUAAUAUUGCACAGAACCCUCUGUCUAACCACCAAGAAAGUGGGGUUAAUGUAAUUAUCAAUGAGAAGGUAAAAAGAGUUAAAACAAGUGUUUCUGAAGUAAAAUCUCCUCUGGCCUGGGUAUGGAGGCAGAUGGUAAGGGCAGAACUUCUUGUACCUCAUCCUAACACAUCAGAAUACGAAUGUGAGCUGGAAUUUUAUGAGGAAGAUCAGGACACUCCAGAAGUCGAUAUUUAUACUGCCGGAGAUUCACCUGACAAAGGAUUUGGCGUGAACCAUCCUUUGAUAAUCGUUUCAAAAGUAAAGGUGGCAGAUUAG